CCUCAAUAUGCUAGAAUGGGAUAACUUCUGGUCACCUUAUUCAUAUUGGAUUAGGUGACCUCUGGUCACCUUAUGUAAAUAUUGGAUUUGGUGACCUCUGGUCACCAUAUGUUAAUAUUGGAUUUGGUUACCUAUGGUCACCUUAUGCAGAUUUCAGAUUUGGUUAUCUCUGGUAAUUAACAUUUACAUACAACUAGUUGAUGUUUUUCAUCUCAUUUGAAGAAAGUUUGAGACAAUCAAAGAAAGAGAGAAAAGAAGAAGAACAGAAGUCCUCAGAAAAUGUAGAUGAGAGCGGAAAUGUAAGACAAUCGAAGAGCAGGAAAAAAGAACAAGAACAGGUGAAGUUGACUAUCAAGUUAAACAUGUUAAAUACUUUAACCGAGACUCUUGUCGAUAAAGAAUUAACCAAAAAGGCUGUAUGCCGAAAAAUGAAAGUGAUAUCUGCCCCAAAAAAGGGUGACAUUGAAAAAACUAAGGUGACAAGAGCUAACCACAUUCAACAUCUUGGUAGUGGGACCAGAGAUUACCAAAUUAAACAUCUAAGUAGGGUAAAUAAAGAAAGUUUGAGUGUUAAGAUCUUAUUAAAACCAUAG